UGGUUUCAUUUCUUUUAAAAGUUUUUCACCUGUUUAAUUAAAUGAUUAUCUGUAAAAAAAACACAAGAAGAAAAAUAAAAAACAGUUUGGUCAUUGAGUGGAAUCCAGUUUAAUGUUGAGCUUUAUACAACCCUUCAAGUGUGGGAAUAGAACAGCAAAGAUUGAAUCACUUGACAGUUUGUCAUAAAACUCUGUUCUGUUUUUAGACUGAAUCAGAUGAAGACGGAAAGAGAAAGAUCAAAGGCAGAGAUGAAAGACCUGGAGCUACAGCUCUCUGAGAUGCACGACGAGUUGGACCAAGCCAAGAAGUCAGAGGUGAUAAAUACAGAGAAAGAAUUGCUCCUUCAGGAUUUGGCACAGCUGCGUGCAGAUUUUCAGGAGAUGCAACAAGCCAAGGAGGAGCAGGAGGAGGUGCUGCACCACAGGGAAAGGGAGCUCAGUGCCCUGAAGGGGGCUCUGAAAGAGGAGGUGGAGACUCAUGAUAAAUACAUCUCUGCUUUGAAAGAAGAAUACGAGCUGGAGCUGGAAAAGCUGCUUGGUGACUUGCAGCAGGCAAAGGAGAGCAAUGCUUACCUGGGUCAGGAGAAGGCUCAGGUGGAGGAGGAGAGAGGGGCAGCUAAGGUGCAGAUGAAGGAACUGAUCCAGGAAAGAGAUCAUCUGAAAGGAAAGGUCCGAGAACUCAGCAACAAGGUGGAUCAACUGAAUCAGGCCAUCCAGGAGUUUAAAACCACCGAGAAAAUGAUGGAGCAGAGAACAAAGCAGCUGGAGAGGGAAAAGAACCAGGUGGAGGAAAUGUUUGAGGAUGUGAGGAGGAGCGAGGAGGAGCUGUGUCAGUCCAACCAGUCUCUGCUUUCCCGCUUGGAGGAUGUGCAGGUAAUAAGAUAAAAAAAGCAGUCAGGA